UUCAUCUAAACCGAUAACGAAACCUUACUGAUUGUGUCUAGUGUCUCCCUGGUACUGCAGGUUUACUACAAGCCAGUCAUCAUAAUCAGCUCUAACGUUAACACCUGCAAUCCUCAGAGGUCGCCAUCGGGAGUGUGUGCUGUAAGUCGGGGUCACAAUAUUACAAUUGUAUGCAAGUCGCAGAGCAACCCACCCCCUGGUAAUACAACAUGGUCUGGACAAGUCCGCAGUCGUACUGAGGAGUUGCAGCUCGUAUCCGCUGAACCCAUGAUACACGAUGGUCACUACGAAUGCGCGGUGCAGACCGAAGCACUAGCUGGGGAUGACCGUCUUCCUCUGUCAUCAUCUUACCAGUUUGACAUCGUUGUCCAAGAUUUACCAACUGUCUUGAAAUUUGAACUAAAUGAUUUUAACAACGAGACCGUGACUGUCCUUGAGAACUCCAAUGUCAACGUGCUCUGUCAGGCUAGCGGAGAACCUAAGAUGGUCAUCAUCCGUGGCAAUGGCAGAAAAGAAGUAAAAAGUCAACCUGCAGGAGAUAAACAGUAUAAAGAACAACAACAGGAGUUAAGAUUCGUCAUAGCGAGAGUUCGCUGUGAUGAGUCUGGUGAAUACAUCUGUCAUGUAAACAACCUGGUAGGAAACGACAGUAAGACUGUGAGACUGCUGGUCAAGUGUGCUCCAAGAAUAGAAAGUUCGCUAAACUUUCAAUACCUCAAUAUUCGUGACAACAAGGGGCAACUCAGUAUUGAAAUGACGCAUAGCCACCCGUGUCGAAUGUUACUUACAAGUCAACCUCUAAAGACAGGGGCUGACAAUCUGAUGAUAGAUGACAAACUACACGUGGCGUGUGUAGCCAGGAAUAAUACACUGCUGUGGUACCUGUAA